CACAAAAAGAAGAAAAACAUUUUCCUGGAUAGGAAAAAUCGUCUCUAUGCUAUUGUAUAUAGCAUACAUGGUGUAUGCUAUAUGGUAUGAUAAUGUUAAUGCUUUCUUAUUGCUGUUUGACACCUGUAUUGUUAGUUUAUGGUUAGCAGCACAUGCAGAAAGAUCUAGGAAACUGUUCAUCAUAGCAGGGAGGAAAAUCGUCAAAGCCAACAGGAAAGUUAAUACAAAAAUUCCUUAUUUAAGAAUAAUAAUCACAGUAGUUGUCAUAUUGGUAUUACUGGUGUUUUUAAUAUAUGAAUGGAUCCAUGACACCCGGAAACUAGUACCUUUUGGUGGGUUGAUACUUUUGUUGUUUCUGACAUUAUUGACGUCACGUUCUCCAUCUAAGAUUAAAUGGACUCCAGUUAUUUGGGGAAUCCUUCUUCAGUUCCUGUUUGGAUUAAUUAUUCUGCGUUGGCCAAUAGGAUAUGGAGUUUUUGAAUUUAUUGCCAGUCAAAUUUCAGCGUUUCUAUCUUAUACCGAUAAUGCUACUAAAAUUGUAUUUGGAGAAGAAGGACUUAAAGAACAUCCAAUAGUAUUCAAGGUUCUACCUGUAGUAGUAUUUUUCAAUGCUAUCACAAACGUUUUAUAUUAUCUCGGGGCCAUGCAGGUGAUAAUCAGAGUAAUUGCUCGUGUCAUUAGAUUUGUCAUGAAAACAUCAUCAAUAGAAUCGUUUGCUGCAGCGGCCCAAAUAUUUAUCGGACAGACUGAAUCUAGUAUAGCAUUGAAGCCAUUUUUGAAAGACAUUUCAAGGUCAGGACUGAAUUCUGUAAUGACGGGAGGCUUUGCAACAAUUGCGUGCACAUAUAUUGCAGCAUAUAUUGAAUUAGGGGUACCUGCACAACAUUUGGUGGCAGCUUCUUUUAUGUCUGCUCCGGCUGCAUUGGCAGUAGCUAAAUUAGGAUGGCCUGAGAACAGUGAAGUUGAAGAAACAGAUUUGAGCAAUAUACAAUUCGAUGUUGGACAAGAAACCAACCUUUUGGAAGCAGCAUCUGCAGGAGCGACAUCUACUGUGAAGCUGGUCGCUUACGUUGUUGUAAAUCUGAUUGCAUUUCUUGCUAUUUUGUCAUUUCUUGACGCCGCUAUUUCAUUCUACGGUGAAAGAGUUGGUCAUCCCGAAAUAAAUUUUGAGUGGUUAUGUUCGUACCUAUUCAUGCCACUAGCUGUUAUCUCUGGUAUACCAUGGAAUGAUUGUAGGACUGUCGCUACUUUGAUAGGAAAGAAAAUUGUCCUCCAUGACUUUUUGGCUUACAUGGAUCUUGGCCGAUUGAUUAAGAACGAUCAGAUCGAGGAUCGUUCAGCAGUAAUAGCAACAUACAUUCUUUGUGGAUUUGGUAGCAUAGCAUCUAUUGGUGUUACGUUAGGCGCGUUAACUGCCGCUGAGCCUAGCAGGCGCAGAGAUUACGCCAGAGGAGUGUUCAGGGCGUUUGUUUGUGGAAAUGUUGCUUGUUUUAUGACGGCCUGUGUUGCAGGAAUGCUGUACACAGAAUUUACUCCAAUGUUAUAUAACAACGCUACAAACUGCAACAUGACCAGCCUAUCAUCAUGUAACACAACUAUAUCGAAUUCAUCAUUAUAUGUGUUAGAUCUUAGAAAUAUCACACAAUAUGAAUUCUAGAUAUUUUAUGUACGUAUUCAAAACUUGUAAAACAAAACAUGCAUUGCUAUAUACAUGUACUCGAAAUAUAUACUGCAUAAUUAUCUAACCUCGUUUUAUACGGAGUAUAGUUGCUUAAGUAUGUAUAUUUUCUGUCCAUUUUUAUUACAAUUUCAACCACAAUUGCCUUGUCAAUUUUUCCAAGAGCUAUCUUUAUUUGUAAAAAAAAUGUAUAAGAUUUUGCCUACAGUUUUUGUAUUAGAUU